AUGCGCCUCUCUUUGAUACCCGUGCUUUUGUGCACAGCAUUGUGUCCAUCGGGAUCUACCGCUCAGCAGGAUGCAGCACAAGCUCCGCACUUGACCGGCAUCUCCGCGAUUGCCAACAACGUUUGGCAAACGGUUAUCAAUGGUGGCAGCAAGCCGGUCGACCUCGCAGCUCGUGCCAAGAGCGACGCCGAGACGGGCAUGACCCGCAUCACGGACGACAACUACGACACCAUUUUUUCGCAGAGCCGCCCGGAUGACCUCUGGGUUGUCGCAGUUCACGGGCGCGAAGGCGACGUGAUGUCUCACGCCUACUUGGAGACACAAUCCAACGCGAGCUCGCUGUUGAAAAACAACGCGACCCUAGCGGACAAGGUGGAGCGCAUCAAGUUUGGUCGCUUGGACUGGAUGACCGACUGGGUCCUGAGCACGCGCUGGGUCAUGACCAAACCCCCAUACAUCGUGUUCGUCACCGAUAGCGGCAAGACUCUGCGAUUCGCAGCUCCUCCGCGUCUCCCAGCCAACGGGACAAUGCUUUACGAGAUCCUUGCCGAAAGCUACUGGAGAAACCUCCCUCCAUGGGAUGGCAGCCUCUCGCCCGACGGUGACCUUUCGUAUCUUGUCGAGGCGUACAUCUCUGCCAACCAGUACUUGGCGCAGUACACGGCGCUGGCUCCAAAGUGGAUUUGGUUCGCACUCCCGGUUCUGACAACGGCGAUUGGCCAGCAGAUCAUGGCCUGGCUUCACAGUGGUGGCGACAGCGCUCAGCGUCAGCGCGACGCUGAAAAAGAAAAGCCCAAGUCGCAAUAA